CCCUCUCCCUUUCUCAAUGCGCCGCGCUCCUCCUGCGGGCCGCUCUGGCCCCGUCGUCUCGCUGCGCCUCAUCGGUCCCGGGCUGCGCCUCUCUAUGGGCCGCGGGGGCAGCGGAGUUGGCGGCAGGCUGGAUUAUGGCAUUCCCUUCACCUUUUGGACUGUGCUGACUGAGCAGCCUCCGAAUUGCGGGGAGAUCCAAACCCCAUCAUGGACUCCUUAUUGGACAGCUGCCUGAGGUUGCUGGUAACCCUGCUUUUAGCCCUGUUUGGGAUCCGCUGGGCCAGCGGUGGUGACUGUAAGGGGCACCGCCAGGUCCUGCGCAGUGCAUCAGGGUAUGUGACAGAUGGGCCUGGCAACUAUUCUGUCAACGGCAACUGCGAGUGGCUAGUGGAAGCUCCCAGCAGCAGCUACCGCAUCCUCUUGACGUUCAUGUUCAUGGACACCGAAUGCACCUAUGACUACCUAUUCAUUUACGAUGGAGAUUCUCCCAGCAGCCCUUUGCUGGCCAGCCUCAGCGGCAGCACCCUACCCCCCACCAUCGAGGCCACCUCUGGCAAGAUGCUGCUGCACCUAUUCAGUGACGCCAACUACAACCUCCUGGGCUUCAACGCCACCUACACAGUCUCGCUGUGCCCAAUGGGCUGCUCGGGCCACGGGAUCUGCGACAACGACGGCCGCUGCACAUGCUUCCAAGGUUGGGGCGGCGAGGGCUGCUCCAUGCCUGACUGCGUCACCUACUGCCAGAGCCAUGGCAGCUGCAGCCAGGGCUCAGAUCAUUGCCGGUGCGAACCUGGCUUUGUGGGCCGGGCCUGUGACUUAGCCCUGAGUGAGAACCAAGGAGCCGGCAAGUGGUACAACGUGAGCGCCCGGGAUCCUAGUUUCCGGCCCCGCACAGCAGCGGCUGGUGCCUUCUUGCCCUCCACUGGAGGACUGUACAUCUUUGGAGGUUUGGAUCUGAACACGGCUUUGGGGGACCUUGUCUUCUACAACUUCACCACUAACAUCUGGCAUCGGCGAGUGCUCAGCCCCUCCCCGUCGGCCCGCCACUCCCACGUGGCUGUGGCAUGGGAGGGCUUCCUGGUCCUCUUUGGGGGCAAGCUGGCCAGCGGCUUUCUUACAAACGACGUCUGGAUGUACCUGCCCUGGGAAGGCCGUUGGCAGGAGCUUGUGCCCCUCAACACCACCUGGUUUCCUCCACCUCCUGGGCUGGCCGGCCACGCCUCUGCCGUGGUGGAUGAAUGGCUUUACAUAUUUGGAGGCCGCACCUCGGUGGAUGUCUUUUCCUCACAGAUGUACCGCUUCCAUCUGAGGAUGUGGCGCUGGGAGUUGGUGGUGCCCUCAGGUGGCAAGGCUCCCGCAGCCGCAGGCCACUCCAUGGUGUUCCACGCAGCCUCCCGCACUCUCCUGGUUUACGGCGGGCACCGGCCCUCAACUGCUCGCUUCAGCGUGCGAGUAAACACCACCGACCUCUUCCAUGUGGACCUGCGCUAUUGGAGCACGUUGCGUGCGAAGGACUCGCACCGGGGACCUCGAGAGCGGGCCUUUCACUCUGCCACAGUCAUUGGCAACUACAUGGUUGUGUAUGGUGGCAACGUCCACAUCCACUACCACGAGGAGAAAUGUUACGAGGACGAAAUCUUCUUCUACCACCUGGGCUGCCAUCAGUGGGUCUCCAGUCAUGAUUUGGCACCUCCACUCUCCCACGAACACGAGGCCAAGACUCAGGCCCAGGCGCGAGGCCGCUACUCCCAUGUGGCCGCAGUCAUGAAUGGGAACGUGCUGGUUGUGGCUGGCGGCUACAGCGGGGUGCCACGGGGAGACCUCCUGGCGUACAAGGUGCCCACUUUUGUCUUCCAGGUGCCUUCUCAGAUGUACCACUUGGACUACUGCUCCAUUUACACUGAAAAAGCCACGUGUGCCAAGGACCCAGAAUGUGCCUGGUGUAUGAGAGGCUGCCAGAGUACCCAGCCCCACAGCACUUGCCCCAAUACUGGCUGCCUAGGCUUGGCCCGCCUCUUAGUUGACUGCCAGUCAUGCCUGGCUUUUGGCGGCACCAACGCUUCUCUGCCUCGUGCCCCGGGACCCUUUGGCUGGUGUGUGCAGAACGAGACCUGCAUGCCUCUCUCAGAGCAGGGCAGGUGCCAGGUGGGGAAAAUCUCUGGGACAUAUGGCUGGUGGGGUCCUCAGCCCUUCUUUGUCACUUCCUUGGCACAAUGUCAGCAUGAAAACUUCCUCCCCGGCCUUCACCUCAUCACCUACCAGCAGCCACGCAACGAUUCCCAGCCUGAUAAGGUCUCCAUUGUCCGCAGCACCACGAUCACCCUCAACCCCAGCACGGAGAUGGACGUCUCCCUGGUCUACAAGGGCUUCAUUCACCCGCUGGUCAGCAGCUCCGGACCUGCUGAAGACAUCUCAAUCUGGGCACGCAUCCAGCGACUCUUCGUGAUUGCCAAGCUGGCCCGGGCCCCUGGCGCGUCUGAGCUGGAGGAGGUGGGCCGCUGGGCAGUGCAGCAGGAGAAAGAGAAGCGGCUACUGCAGCGCCCUGGGGCCGAGCGCCUCUUCCCCAGCACCGAGAGGGGCAAUAAGUACACCGUCCUGGUCGAAGGCCACCUCAACAACUCCGGCAACGGGCAGACGAGCGAGCUGACCCUCACCUGGGAUCGCACAGGAGUGCCCGGGGGCAGUGAGAUCUCUUACUUCUUCCUGGAGCCUUUUCGCUCAGAGCUGUGUGCCACUUACCGCUCCUGCCUGGCUUGCCUGGCCGACCAGGGUUGCGGCUGGUGCCCAGUCAGUGCCACCUGCCACCGCCGGCUGGCGCAUAAGGACGAUGCCGGAGGCUGCGGCGCUGGGAGCGUGCGCCUCAUCCUGGCCCCCAGCAACUGCAUCCUGUGCGAGGACUACCGAGACUGCCACGCUUGCAGCAAGGACCCGUUCUGCGAGUGGCAAGUGAACAGCAGCAAGAAGGGGGACUUCCUCUGCAGCCGCCGGGGCCGCCUCCCCAGUGCAAUCCGCUCUCCGAAGGACUGCCCCAAACUCUGCAACCAGCGCAAUACCUGCUCCGAGUGCCUCUCCAACUCCAGCCAGUGUGCUUGGUGCCAGUCCACACGUAGCUGCUUCUUCUUCGCUGCCUACCUGGCCAAAUACCCCUAUGGAGACUGCCGUGGUUGGUAUGACAGCGUGCAUUCUGUGCCCCAGUGCCUGGACUGCACCCGGUUCAACACCUGCCGGGAAUGCCUGCAGAACUUUGAAUGCGGUUGGUGCGGCAACUCGGACAACCCCACCUUGGGCAGGUGCCUCCCCGGGGAUUUCUCAGGCCUGAACACCUUUCUGAACUGCUCAGUGGCACUCUGGGAAUCUCAUGGGCUGCUUCCCACCCACCCAGCCCAGUGGUCCUACGGGCAGUGCCCAGAUGUGGACGAGUGCCGACUGGGCCUGGCUAACUGCCAUCCCUUUGCCAGCUGCAAGAACACACCUGACUCCUUUGAAUGCCACUGCAACCGAGGCUAUGCGGGGGACGGGGUGGCGUACUGCAACCAGACCUGCUAUGACGAAUGCGCACACGGCGAAUGCAGCGGGGGCCCCAACUUCACCUGCGUUUGCGACUUGGGCUGGACCUCCGAGACUAUCAUGGGAGCCACCCCUCCACCAAGUGGGGUGCAGUGCAAUGUGGACUGUGGCUGCCACUUCCACAGCAGCUGUGGGCUCAGCGGGCCCGGCGUUUGCGACGAAUGCCAGAACUGGACCCAUGGCGAGCGCUGCCACCUUUGCCGGCCUGGCAGCUACGGGAACGCCACAAAUCAGAGUGGCUGCCAGGAGUGUGCCUGCAAUGGGCAUGGCCUGGAGGAGAUGGGGUAUUGCCACGGGGCCACAGGAGCCUGUUACUGCGCCCCACCCACGGAAGGGCUUCACUGUGAGCGCUGUGCCCCCGGCUACUACGGGGACCCCAGAAACGAGGGCGUUUGCUACCAGGAGUGCGUGGGGCGCUCCUUGCUUGCCAACCUCUCUUCCUCUUCGUCGUUGAGCUCUCAGCGGGCUGGGGGCCCCCCGCAGGGCGGGCUCUCCUACUGCGUCUGGGUCUUGUCGACCACUGAGGACAUGCAGCCCUGUCGGCCUGAGCAGAUCUGCCCUACAAUCACGCUCACUAUUCAACCUGAUACCCUCUGUAUGAAUAACUAUGUCUAUGCCUUUGACGGACUUCCUGACUUCCUGGACACGGGCCUGAUCCAAUUGGAUCGCACUCUCAUUGGGGCUUUCUGUGGCCAGGGCCGUCCACGUCCCAUCACUGUGGAGGCCGUAUCAGGCCUCCUGGUCAUCUACUACGAGGCCAACUCCACCGAGGCUUCGGGCUUCAACGCUACCUACACGGUGCACCGCUGCCGCCCCAGCUGCCACCCCAACCAGGAGUGCCAGGAGGGGAGCUGCAUCUGCAGAAGCGGCUACACGGGGCCCAGCUGCCAGUUUCAGAUCUGCCCGGGCAACUGCAGUGCUUACGUGGGGCAGGGGGUUUGCAACAGGAGCCUGGGUCUGUGUGUUUGUAGCGAUCAGUUUGCCGGCAAAGAUUGUUCCAUCCCUCUAGAUGCUGGCAAGAUCAUUUGGGAGACCUUGAUCGACACCCAGCUGACAGCUGACACAGCCAGCCGGUUUCUUCACCGCCUGGGCCACACCAUGGUGGAGGGGCCGGACACCACGCUUUGGAUGUUUGGGGGCAUGUCGCUGCGAGAGGGGAUGCUGGGAAACGUGUACAGGUACUCCAUUGCCGAGCGCCGCUGGACCCAGAUGCUGGCAGGGACGGAGGACAGAGGCCCAGGGCCCAACCCUCGUUACUUUCACGCGGCUGCCUACAUCCCCUCCUGCAAGGCAAUGUAUGUGCUUGGUGGACUGACAACCGACGGCGUGGCCAACGACUUCUGGCUGCUCAACCUCACAACUUUGCAAUGGAGGCUUGUGCAGGACCCUCUCAUCCCAGCCGUGGCUGGUCACACACUCACGGCUCGGCGUGGCUCUUCCUUGCUCCUCAUCGGCGGCUACUCCCCUGAGAACGGCUUCAACAAGAAACUGCUGGAAUAUAACGUCGUGUCGGAGAGCUGGCGUGCUGGGAGCCAGGCUGGAACGCCCCCUACAGGCCUGUACGGACACUCAGCUGUGUACCACGAGGGCACGGAUGCCAUCUAUGUCUUUGGCGGCCAUCGCUUCCACGUGGAGAUGGUUUCUGCUUCCCCUGAGCUCUACAGCCUUUAUUAUCCCAACCUGACCUGGAGCUUGCUGGCUCCAUCUCAGGGGCCAAAGCCGCUGGCUCAUUUCUUCCACGUUGCAGCAGUACUGAAGGACACCAUGGUGGUGAUCGGAGGGCGCACAGAACGCGAGAAUUUCACCAACCACCUUUUCUUCUACCAGCUAAACUGCAACACCUGGAUCCUACCCAACAGCACAGCAGAAGCAGUCGUGGGAGAGCCCAUCAUGGAGUCCAUUGCCCACGCCGUGGCCGCUGUUGGAGGGCGCAUCUACCUCUCCGGGGGCUUCAACGGGGUGGCGUUGGGGUGUAUGGUGGCUCUCUCUGUGCCCUCCGACCCUUGCCUCAUCUUCAGCAGUCCAGAAGCCUGCAACAGGUCUAACGCCAGCUGCACCUGGUGCCACGCCAGCUGCCUCUCUGCGGAUGCUGCUGAGAGGCAGGGAUGUUCGGGUGGGACCUCCUGCUUCCCUACCCCAAGGUCCGCAGAUGAGUGCCGCCGGCUGAGGACCUGCAGCGAGUGCCUUGCCCAGCACCCACGUGCCAUGGCCCACAGCCUGGGCAUUCCAGCCUUACCCCAGUGCAAGUGGUGCACCAAUUGCCCCGAGGGCGCCUGCAUUGGCAGCACCGGCAGCUGCACCUCGGAGAACGACUGUCGCAUUAACCAGCGCGAGAUCUUCGUCGCCAGCAACUGUUCGGAGAUCUCGUGCGAGGCCUCCGACUGCGCCAAGUGCACGGCUUCUGGGAAGUGCAUGUGGACGCGGCAGUUCAAGCGCACAGGGGAGACGAGGCGUAUCCUGAGCGUGCAGCCCACCUACGACUGGACCUGCUUCAGCCACUCUCUCCUCAACGUGUCCCCCAUGCCAGUGGAAUCAUCGCCUCCGCUGGCCUGCCCCACGCCGUGCCACAACCAUAGCAUCUGUGGGGAGUGCCUGAGCUCCAAGGGGGCCGACGGGGGCUGGCAGCAGUGUGUCUGGAGUGUCAGCUUGCAGCAGUGCAUGAGCCCCACGUACCUGCCCAUGCGUUGCGCAGCUGGGAUGUGCGGCCGAGUGCUGAGUGGGGCCGAGAGCUGCACCCCGUCCUGCUCCCGUUUCCAGCAGUGCGCCCUCUGCAUCCAGCAGCCCCGGUGCGGCUGGUGCGGCCUCCGUGGCGAGAACGGCAAAGGGCGGUGCAUGGAGGGAGGGAGGAGCGGUCCUCACCACGGAUUGGUUGAGUCAUGUGGCCUGAAAGCAGACUGGGCCUUCAUGGCAUGCCCUCCUGAGAACGAGUGCCUGAACGGGCACCACGACUGCAACGAGACCCAGAACUGCAACGACCUGCCCCACGGCUACAAGUGCACCUGCAAGAACGGCUACACGCUGGACAACGUGACGGGGCUGUGCAAGCCGGUGUGUGAGCAGGGCUGCGUGAACGGGACCUGCGUGGAGCCCAACGCCUGCCAGUGCCACUUUGGCUAUGUGGGGCAGAACUGCUCCGUGGAGUGUCAGUGCAACAAGCACAGCAACUGCCAGGGGGUGGAGGCCCAGGACCAGUGUUUGCAGUGCUUCAACAACACCAUGGGGCAGCACUGUGAAAAAUGCCAGCCACUCUUUGUGGGGUCAGCGCUGAGUGGCGGCUCCUGUCGCCCAUGCAACACUUUCUGCCGGGGAAACAGCAACGUGUGCAUCACACGAGAGGAGUACGAGAGAGCACGCCGGGAUCCUGCCCGCUUCCCACUGGAGCCGGCCUUGAUCCCCAAAUGGGUGGCAGAAGGGCCAGCUGAGGACGCCGCCGUGUGCGUGAACUGUCAGAACAACAGCUUUGGGGAGAAAUGCGAGAGCUGCCUGCACGGCUACUUCCUGCUGGAGGGGAAGUGCACCAAGUGCCAGUGCAACGGCCACGCUGACUCGUGUAAUGAGCUGGAUGGGACCGGCUGCCCCUGCCAGAACAACACGGAGACGGGAGGCUGCCAGAACAGUGCCCAGUCAGACAAAAAGGACUGCUAUAAGCAACAGUGCGCCAAGUGCCGUGAGUUUUUCCAUGGCAACCCAGUGGGCGGCCACCAGUGCUACCGGCUGAUCAUUGUGGACCAAGAGAGCUGCUUUGACCCUACGUCGCAGCUCAACUGCUUCCAUGAACCCAACAUCAAGAACCUGCUGCUCGGCCGCUCUGUCUUCUUCGGCGUCCAGCCCAAGUUCACCAACGUUGACAUCCGCAUCACCAUCGAUGUGACCUUUGGCGGGGUGGAUGUCUACAUCUCCACCUCCUAUGAGAUGUUUGUGGUGGACGUGGACCGGGCCACGGGCUUCCACUCGGUGCGUGUCGUGCCGCCGGGGGAAGAAGCGGGUGGGCGCAGCGGCCUCGGCAACGGGAGCCAGCCCUCUCCAGCCGUGCGAGAAGCGCAGACCCACGGGCUCAUCACCUACAUCACUGUGCGGGAGCAGCAAGCGGUUCUGGUUGUGCGAGCUGUCCGCGACCGAGUGGUCAUCACCUACCCGCACGAGAUCCACGCCCUGAAAUCCAGCCGUUUCUACGUCAUCCUACUGGGCAUCGGGGGCACCAGCCCCAACGUCACUGAGUCCCAGGGGCUGCUCUUCUUCCGCCAAGACCAGGCCCACAUCGACCUCUUCGUCUUCUUCUCCGUCUUUUUCUCCUGCUUCUUCCUCUUCCUCUCCGUCUGUGUCCUGCUCUGGAAGGUCAAGCAGUUCCUGGACCUGAGGCAUGAGCAGCGGCGACACCUGCAGGAGAUGACCAAGAUGGCCAGCCGACCUUUUGCUAAAGUGACCAUCUAUUUUGAGCCAGAUGCGCUGGGGGCUGCGGCCGAGCUGGUCUUCCUCCCCGCGCGCCCCCACAAGCACCCGGCGCUGGCCGCUGCCCAGCCCAGCCGGCUGAAGCCAUACCACGAGGUGCCCUACCCUGUGGCCCACUUCCGGCGCUCCGAGCCCUUCCUCUCCCACCUGAUGGGCUACUCAUACUCCAGCUUUCGGGUGGGACCCAUCACCCUGGAGCCGACGGACGAUGGGAUGGCCGGGGUGGCCACGGUCCUCUUCCAGCUGCCUGGAGGACUGCAGGCCCCCAACCGUGCCUGCCUGGGCUCUGCCCUUGUCACCCUGCGCCACAAUCUCCAGGACUACUGCAGCAGCAGCCACGGAGUCAGCAGCUCCCGCAAAGGACUCCUCAGCCACGAGAACCUCACGAGCAUGUCCCUCUGAGCUGCCGGGGGAGCCCUGCCAGGCUUCGGAAGGGGAGUUGUUGCUUGUGCCGCCCACUCUUCGCCUCAGGGAGGUGGCCUAGAAGGGGUGCACAGGAGAAGCACCUUUGAGGGUGAAAGGCAAGGAAAGCAUCUCCAGUUAUCAUGUCAUGGAACACAGACGUUGACACCAGAGGGCGCUGCUGUACUCCUGCAGCUCCAAAGUGUUGGUGUAGGAAGGGAGGGGUCCUCUCUAGCGCCAGCUCCCUCCCCGUCUUCCUUGCGCAGCUGCACAGGAGGGAGUGGCCAGCAAGUGGCUACCAGCCCAAUUCUUCUUUUGCAUUAAAAGUCAGGGACAGGUUUGUCGGAAGGAAACUCCAUGUGUUUGUUUGCAGAGGGGAUUUGACAUCCCCUCUCUGAUUUUUCUCAGUGUCGUUUUCCUUUUUGUGUGUUCUAACCCCUUCCCGCCCACCUACUUUUGUUACAGGCCUUUGGCCACCACUGCCUGCCCACCCACCCCACCCCCCCUGCACACAGACACCAAAAGCCCUCAGAAGGUAAUAGAGUUUCCCUGACACUGUUGCCUUCCUUGGCAAAAUAGCUGAGCUGGAGGCGGUUUUGUGGGGUCGACACAAUCAAGUGCUGAAUGGGCCGUUGCCAAACCUGGUGCCAUCUGGAUGUUGUUGGACUACAACUCCCAUCAGCCCCCAGCCUGCACUCCAGGUUGCUGAAGAGAUGGCGUAUAGAAGCUUUUCAUGUAUUGUACCACUUCAGACUAUUGGGGGGGGGAGUUGGGGUUAAGGUUUGAGAAACACUCACUGUAACUACAAUGCUAGGGCACCAAGGAGAAGGGCUUGUGCCAAGCCUUUUUGCACGUGUCACGCGGCUUCAAAUGGCACAGCCUAGGAAAAGCUUUAGCCCCUUGAUUCCUGCAUUGCAGGGGGUUGGACUAGAUGAGCCUUGGGUUCCCUUCCAACUCUACAAUUCUGUGACUGAAGUCAACUGGCCCUUCCGUUUUGCUCAGCAUUUUGAGAACCGCAGCUUCACUUCCCAGGGAUGUUUCAUCACAGUACUGAGUCAACUGCCUUUUGUGUAUGCAGCUCCUGGACCCAACCCCUGGAAGCUGAAGAAUCGAGAUCCUUUGCUGCCAAACCGAUUGCAGGAGGAGAGCUGUAACCCCCCCCCCCCAUUUAUUUACAACGCCAGCAACUUCCUAUGUGCACACAGGGGAGAGAAGGUGAUGUGGCUCUUCCCCCCCCCACACACACACACUGGAAAAGAUGGUUGUGACUGUCCUUAGUGAAGCAACACCUGAAGUCCAAUGAGAGCCACAAGCCACGACAGUCCAAAGCUUGCAGUUCUCCUAUGCCUGCGCUUCACCAGUCAGCUGGAAACCAACUUGGCAGCACUUUGCAAUUCAGAUGCAAAGCUUUCUUGAGUGGUUUGGUUCAGUUCAUUCCAGGCACCUGAGCCCCACAGCACCCCCAACGCAGUAGGGAACGGGGCCAACCAGCAAGGGGGUUCCAGAGCGUCCAGCUCAGGAUGAGACUAACAACAUGGGCUCUUCAGCUCUCGUGCCAUCUGGCACAGAGCGCAGGGGCAGCAGCAGCAGAAAGCACACCAAUCGCAGCACACGCAGCCCUGUGGAAGAGGAGAGGACCAUCAGUCGGGGGAAGCCUUGUCUUCGUUCCUCCCUCCAAGCGCCUCCCCACUGCCCCCAGAUUAAAGACUGAAAAUAGCCUGUGUAGAUUGCCUGCUUUAAACCCAAUCUAACAGUCAUUCCAUCUUUUGUUCCGUAGAGGGGUUUUCGGCAGAAUUCUCAGCACCUUCCUCAAACCAGUUCCGACAAAUAGCAGGGAUGGCAUGAUGGGAACUGUCUACUGAUAGGAUGUGCUCUCAAGAUGAGGCCCCCUGGAUCUGCAUAGCAGCCUGCGUCUCCCCCAAACUCUGUCCUCUGGCCAAACUGCACCAAUCCGGCAACCUUUCCCUUUUCUCCCCAUUGGACUUUUGUAUGUCGCGGUCAAGAGGAAGAGCUGCGAGCUUACAUCUGACCAGUGGCAAGGGCUCAUUCCUUGACUCCACCAGACGACAGGCUGCAGCCCAACAAAGAAAGUGGGCUGCUGCAACAGCUGCUGUGGUGGGAGAGAGCUCUGGCGUCCAUCGUGCGAAAGGCUGCAGAGCUUGGAUCAUUGUCUCCUUGCCUGCCUGCA